AUGAGCUGGUUGGCACCUCUAGCCGAGGAGAUUUCCGAGCGCAUCUUGGAAGAACUCGACGAGUCCACGCCGUGGGCCAGCUCUUUGAAGCCCGAUGGCUUCAUGAACGACAAGGACGAUUCUGAGGAGCAAGGGGCGAGGACGGUGCUCAUCUUUGACUGGGAUGACACAUUGCUCCCAACCACUGCCUGCACUGCCGACAUGCGCGCUGAGCCUAGCGACGAGCAGCGGCCGGCACUGGAGGCCCACGCCCAGCUUGUCAGCAAGACCCUCCGGCUUGCCUCCUCCAUCGGCCGUGUGGGCAUCGUCACCUUGGCUGCGUCGCUCGGCGGGAGUUAG